UAAAAACUAUCCAAAUAUGAUAUUAACUUCAAACAGCUGAAGUAAAAAUUUGAAAAUGUGGUUGAAAAAGCAUUGAGAUUUUGAUCAGUAAUCAUUUGACAUAGUUCGAUUCCACGAUUUUAAUUUUGCAAAUGGAUAUCGGACAUGAACCACACACUGUACAACCUCACGAACAUCACCAAGACCAUCAUGAGCAGCAUCAUCAUCACCAUCAUCAUGAUGGUCACGCUGAGAGUCCAUCGGAUGCCAGUGAAAUUUCAUUUAAAACAGAUCAUGAGAGCCAUUAUAAAGAACACCACGAUGAAAUGUCCGGCCAUGAGCAUGGACAUCAUAUGUCAAUGUCCUUUCAUGAAGGAGUGGACGAAACGAUUCUAUUUAAAUUUUGGCAUAGCCAAACUACUCUGGUUCUGGUUUUGUCCUGCGUCAUUAUCUUUUUGGUAGCCGUAAUGUAUGAGGGCUUGAAAUUCUAUCGCGAAUGGCUAUUCAAGAAGUGCAAACGACGGUCGGAGGGCGGAAACGAAAGGUAUCAGCACUAUGAGAACCAGCAAUAUCCUCCACAAUAUCCUCAACCCACAGCGCAGACAUUUGUAUUUCGCCCCAGGACUCCAGCUACGUCACCACGGCCAUCUAAGAUCGCUCCUAGGCAAUCCAUCAGGACCACUAAUCCAACCCAUGUGGAUAUUCCUCCAAUAUUUCAUAAUGCCUCUGCUCCAGAACCAUCGCCGCCCGAUGGAACACCAAAACGAAAACAAUGUUCGAAAUUCAAAGCGUGGUUCGGCAAGUUCCAUCUAUUUCAGACAUUUCUGCACAUGCUGCAGGUGUUUGUAUCCUUUCUACUGAUGCUUGUCUUUAUGACCUACAAUGUGUGGCUCUGCAUGGCCGUUGUGCUUGGCGCUGGCUUUGGAUAUUUCAUAUUCUUCGCUUACAGCGACAAAUUCUAUGAUCAUUGCAAUUGAGGUAGCAUCCUCAUUGGUGAUUAAUGCGAACCUUCGAGCUGUAUCUGUUGCCAGAUGCUAAUGUAUUUUUCUAAUUAAACCGAGUUAUAAAAAUCAUAA